AUGCCAGCAACCGAAAAACGUGUAAAACACGAGGAGCCGCAAUCUCAUGAUGUUAUCACCAUCAUUAGCGAUGUCAAUCCGAAUCUAAAAUUGGUUUAUUUGGACGAAUACACUCUACGAAAGUGUUUGGAUAGGCAUUCAGACGAAAGUGUCGAGGCUCUUCCUCGCAUUCUGCAGAGCCUGUGCGACCUUCUCACCUAUCGAUGUAACAACUCUAUGAGACGUAGUAUCAUGUUGGAGUUCUUUCGAUCUAUGGCUAUACAUGGUGUUCCGUUUCGCUACGUCAUAGAAUCACGUGCCAGCAAGUUUCUUGCAAGGGAGGAGUACAACGAAAAAUAUCCACCAACAAUGAAUAUGAUAGAAUUUUUUCGGGAUUUAUCAAGUCUAGAGUAUGGAUUACGCGAGAAUAUUUGGGUGUUCCACAGCAUUCAAAUGGGUUCGCCAACACCUUACUCAACGUCAUCUCUUGUCCAAAGGAGUUCUUCUCUUCAAGCACUAAGGCAUCAGCUGUGCAUGGCCACUUGGAAACUAAAUUACAGAGCUGUUGUUGCUCAGCUAGCAAACUCCGAAAUUCUUCGGAUGACAUCCGAAACGAUUGAAAGAUCUGAAAAAGGAUGGAGAGAACUUACUUAUCAGGUCCAGAAACUGAUCUAUUUUGAUAGCCCAAUCACAUUCUUCAUGGCCCUACAGUGUGUAUUGACUGUGACACAUGAUGCAUCCUUCAACUUAGGGGGUAGGCUGGUCAUGUUAGCAACAAUGCAAUCAAUGAUCUAUACUACAACUGCUGCAAGAAACACUAUCUUGAUGCAACUGUGCGAAGUGCUCAUUGCGGUGAUGCUCUGUGGUGACUUGGCCGAAAUGUCUGCCAUCAUGGGACUUGAACAUGGGGUACAUCGUUAUAACAAAGGAUACGAUAAUGUGGUCGUAUGGAAUGCAUACAAACUUAUGACCGAAUAUUACGAAUGGAGAGGAAGGUCAGGGUUUGGUGGUAUGAUACUUAGUACGGCUAAGUCUCUUUUUGAAGUCGCUGAAAGCAUGCCUGCACACGGUAUAUUGUUUCUGGAAACUGCGUGUCGUAUUUGGGCCAGCAGUGGAAGAUGCGAAGACAAAAUAGCAGAAGCAGUUUCAAGGGUUCUCCAGAAGUGUCCACAGCUACUUGACCGGAUUGUUGAGCUUCUAAAAGCGAUAGGUUUGAACCACGAAGUUGAGAUUGUAAUCGAGGAGGUUUGCGAGGAAGGCAGCACUCUACACCCAAGCGACAAAGCAUGGGUGGGCUGGUGCCAACCGCGAAUUGAACGCCCGGAGAGAUAUGGGAACAGAACGAAUGUGCUGACGAGAUGUGUUGACGUUCUCUUCCGAUUUCUCGACCAUGGCUCAAAUCGUGGUAAUGGUAGAGCGUUGCAAAGGUACGACUGGUGGCCUCGUUUCCACACAGUUCCCCUCCCUGCAGAGGCGGAAUCUCGGCGAGCUGAGCUGUUGGCAGCGUUAGCUGAAAUACGUGUUGAUUGGCCUUCCUCAAGAAGCGGUGCGGUCGAGACAGCGGUCGGAAUCGAGGUGGGACCAUGGCAAACUGCAGAGUUUAUAUACUUGAUUGAUAUGGGGUCAGAAGAGCAAGUCGCAUCUCCGGUCUACGCUGUUUAUUUCCCAGCAGACAUUGCUAAAUCUCCUAGGAAUCUGUUUGUAACAUUGCAAGAUGCUGUGAAGUUUGCAAAUUCACCAGAAGGGAAGUCGAAUGGAGCUCGUUUUAACCGUUUUGGAACUCCGAAGGAAGCCAUGGAUUUCUUUGCUGCAAACGAAUGUCGAGGUUUCCAAGAGUCGUCAACACCUACGGUGCCAUCGGAACCUGUCAUUCCGCAUCCCUCAGUCAGUCGCAUACAAAUGAACGACUUCAAAAGAGCUAUCGAGAAAGGGACCAUCGAAGCUGUGAGUGAUCUCAUCCAUGCCAAUCCACGGUUUCUUGUCAACACUAGCGGGGACACAGCUGCAAUUGUUAUGGAAGGUUUUCGUUUUAAUGCGCUCCAUAUUGCUGCUCGACAUGGAAAGACGGACGUAGUGGAGAAAGUUCUCCAACUUGUAAGCAACACAUCGUUUCUGGCUGAUCUGUAUGGAACUUCCGAGGAAGACACUCGAUUUCGUGUCGAGAACAUUCUAGUUUCUUACGUGAACACUCCUGACAAGGGGAACUGUGAAACUCCACUUCAUUUGGCUGCAAAGUUUGGGCACGUGGAUGUCGUCAAAGCUUUGGUGAAUCAACCAUUAACUGAUAGGCGUGCUCUAAAUAAAGAAGGCCAAACCGCUUUGGAUAUAGCAUGCGCACGCUAUACCGGAAACGACAAACGUGAGCGAAAAGCGGAGAUGGAGCUACUGCUUGGAGGUUACUUUGUCGCUCUCUACCGUUCGGUAGACAACAGCAUACUUCCUAAAAUUGCCUCUUACGAAUGUUUUCCUAAGACCAGCAUAUCAAACGACGAUAAGGAUAUCUCUUCCCCUUUAUUGCCGGAUUUUAAACUAGCUGCUUACGCAGGGCCAUUUGGAAGCGACAAAAAAGCAGCAGAGUUCCACAAUGCUUGGACGGGGUCUGAGAAGAAUGUGAGGCUGACGGAUGUUGAUAAGGGUUACGAGCGUGUUGGUCGUGAGUUGAGCACUAAGCACAAAGUGAAUUGGGCAGAAUCAUGGUGUUUCAUGGACCGGUUGGUUGAUAUACGAACCGAAGAGGGAUUAUCGCUUCUGAACGACUACCUUGGGUCUGUACGAAGAAGAGAAUCAGUGUCUCCUAAGCGAGUAGAUCAACUGCGAAGAAAGUUGAAAUUUGAUGAGGAAGACGAAUUGCCAGAGAUUCUCACUCCAAGUGAAGAUGAAGAAAAUAAGGCCGAAGAGGACCAGGAGGAGGAGUUCGAAGAUGCAAUGGAAUCGAUCGAUGAGAUCAUUCUGAACGAUUCACUUGCCAGCCUUCCAGACCGGUUGGGUGCUUUGUCUCUGAGCUCACCUCAUAUUGCUAUCCAUAGCGACGAAGGAAGGACCCCUCCAAAAGACUUGGCUGAUUUUUUCACGCCGCCAGCUACGCCUCCACCGGUGUUUUUGCUAGAAAAUCCCUCAAAAGUGGAUAAUGACGUGAUGACUGCCUUAGCAGGAGUUUCUCAAAAACAGAUUGACUCCUUCCCACAUGUUCGAUUAUUUACGGAGAAACUGCGCCGUCUUUCUAACAAAGUGCGAGCGGAAUGGCCUGCUUUGGACUCGCCUCGCCGUGCACAACUCCCAAGCCGGUUGUACAAGUGA